AGGAUAUAUUCAAGAAGAGAAGGAAAGGAAAAACAUCUCCAGAAAAUCACAUCAAAGGAAAGCAAGAGCAAAACAUGUCUUCUAAAGCAUCCACUCUCCUCUUUGGCCUCUCUCCAACGUUAACAUCUCCCAGCAUAUCACGCUCAUCUCCAGCCUCCAAAGAUUCCCCAAAAUCUUUCACUGCCUUUUGGCUGUCGGGGGCCAAAGGCAAACAGCUAAAUUCCAAUUUUCGUGCGACGUGCAAGGCUACAUCCAAGCCUACAACACAAGAAAACAAAUUAGAGUUCUACGAUGGGAUACAGUGCCAGGAGACUGUGGAGGAUGACACAGAAGAGGAAGCUCCUGAGGUUUAUGUAUCGAAUGAUGAGAUAAAGGAACGCGUUGAUAGAAUAAGAUCAAUGUUGGGAUCAAUGGGAGAUGGAGAAAUAACAGUAUCAGCCUACGACACAGCAUGGGUUGCUCUUGUGGAAGAUGUCAAUGGGAGUGGUGCUCCUCAGUUUCCAUCUAGCCUUCAAUGGAUCGCCGAGAAUCAACUUUCCGACGGUUCCUGGGGUGACCAUUUGGUGUUUACCGCCCACGAUAGGAUCCUUAACACAUUAGCUUGUGUGAUUGCUUUGAAAAAAUGGAAUACUCAUCACGACAAAUUCAAAAAAGGAAUGUCAUUCAUCAAGGAAAACAUAAGCAAGCUUGAAAAUGAGAAUGCUGAGCACAUGCCGAUUGGUUUCGAAGUUGCUUUCCCUUCGCUCGUUGAAAUAGCUCAAAAAUUCGAUAUCAAAAUCCCUACUAAUUCUCCUAUCUUGCAAGAAAUCUAUGCAAGAAGAGAUCUAAAACUCACAAGGAUACCAAAAGACAUAAUGCAUCAAGUGCCCACAACACUGCUGCAUAGCUUGGAAGGCAUGGCAUUGGCAGGGCUUGACUGGGAAAAGCUUCUAAAGCUGCAGUGCUCGGAUGGGUCUUUCCUUUUCUCUCCAUCCUCCACUGCCUUUGCCCUCAUCCACACCAAAAACCAUAAUUGUCUUGCUUAUCUCAACAAUGCUGUUCAAAAAUUUAAUGGUGGAGUACCAAAUGUUUAUCCGGUGGACUUGUUCGAACGUAUUUGGAUCGUGGAUCGGUUGGAACGCCUCGGAAUUUCUCGAUAUUUCCAGUCCGAAACUACAAAAUGCGCCCAUUAUGUCCAUAGAUAUUGGACUGAACGGGGAAUUUGCUGGGCAAGAAAUACACCGGUUCAUGACAUAGAUGACACAGCCAUGGGAUUCAAGCUUCUUAGGUUACAUGGCUUCGAUGUCUCCGCAGACGUGUUUGGACAUUUUGAGAGCGACGGGGAGUUCUUCUGCUUCACAGGACAGUCAACGCAAGCAGUCACCGGAAUGUUUAAUUUGUACAGAGCUUCUCAGUUGGUGUUUCCGGGAGAGAAGAUUCUUGAGGAUGCCAAGAAUUUCUCAUGCAAAUUUCUUAAAGAAAAACAAGCUACCAAACAGCUCCUUGAUAAGUGGAUUAUAAUCAAAGACUUACCUGGGGAGGUUGGGUAUGCACUAGAGGUUCCAUGGUAUGCAAGCUUACCACGGGUGGAAGCUAGAUUUUAUAUAGAACAAUAUGGUGGUGACAACGAUGUUUGGAUUGGCAAGACCCUUUAUAGGAUGCCUUAUGUGAACAACAACAACUAUCUUGAGUUAGCCAAACUAGACUACAACAACUGCCAAGCACUGCAUCAAUUUGAAUGGGCUAGUUUUCAAAAGUGGUAUGAAAAGUACAAUCUUGGAGAGUUAGGGGUGAGUCGAAAGACACUUCUCCUGGCAUAUUUUGUUACAGCAGCUAGUAUAUUUGAACCAGAAAGGUUUAAGGGGCGAUUGGCAUGGGCUAAAACUACAAUAAUGGUGGACAUGAUUUCAUCUUAUUUCAACCAUGAGGAAACUACAAGGGAGCAGAGGAGCGCCUUCAUCCAUGAAUUCAAAAGUACAUUUGGCAAUACAAACUAUACAAAUGACAAAAGGUGGUCUAUGAAGGAUUCUAACAAGACAGCACAAAGUCCUCUUAGGGCCCUAAUUGAAACCCUAAACCAUCUUUCAGUAGAGGCAACGGUGGCACACAAAAGAAAUAUCCGCCCCCAUUUAUGUCAUGCCUGGGAAAUGUGGAUGCUAUCGUGGCUAGAGGAAGGAGACAGUAUAAGGGAACAAGGUGAAGCAGAGCUUGUAGUGCGUACCAUAAAUUUGAGUUCUGGGCAUUGGGUAUCAGAGGAGCUAUUGUCUCAUCCUCGUUACAAAAGCUUGUCCACCCUCACCACUAGAGUUUGUCACCAACUUCAUCAUUUGAAGAAGAAAAAGGUACAUGAUAGUGACAACAACAAUAGAAGCAACAUGACAACCCCUCAAAUCGAAUUAGACAUGCAAAAACUUGUGCAGAUAGUGCUUCAAAACUCCUCAGAUGAUAUCGAUCCCAACAUUAAGCAAACCUUCCUAAUCGUAGCAAAGAGUUUUUACUACACAACCUAUUGUAAUCCCGAAGUUAUUGAUCAACACAUUGCUCAAGUGCUCUUUCAACGAGUAAUUUGAGCUUGAUCUGUGCAUUUAAAACAAAUUUCAAUCACAUUAUUUAUGCUUAUUUAAAACAAAUUUCAAUCACAUUAUGGCU